CGUGAACUCACCUGCUUCUCCUCCUCGAUCGUCUUCCCAAUGACGCUCGCCUCGCCAUCUCAUGCAUAAUCCUACCGGCGCCAGCUGGCUCAGUAAACGCAGACAAAAACAGGGAUCACUUGAGCAUUGCCAAUUCGGCGGUGAGGGCGACGGUGUGGCCUCUGAACCGACGAACGAGUGUUCGUGGCCACAGAGGGCCCCCGCGACCAAUCGCCAUCCCUUCGACGCCGUCAUUUUGGCCCUAUCGCUAGGAAUGAGGAUCCGUUGGUUCCAGCUCCACUCAUUUCGCGGCCUAUCCUAUAGCCAAAGUAAAUUUCAACUGCAUGCAAAAAACCCUGCUGUCAACGACAUGGUUGGGAAUCAAUGGAGGAGAGGAAGAACAAGAAAGAAAGGAAACACGUGCCAUUGCCUGAACAGUGUUGAGCCAGUUGAGGCAGAGCGGUGAGCAAUAAAUUGGUAUACGUGCAAAGCCAUUGAGAUACUCGGUGAGAUGUCUUGUCUCGAUGAGAAUAGGAACACGCCUUGACUUUCUGUUCGGCCCGUACCGCGAUAAGGCAGCCUAUCCAGAUCUGCUCUUACUUUACUCUAUAGCCCGGCAUGCAGGUGCAGGCAUGUGCAGGGGGAUCUGUGUCUGCACGCAUGACUGAUCCUCAAGAACCCUUCCCCCACGAAUUCUUUGGAAGCCUCAAUCCAUAGUGAACUGUGCCCCGAUGUGAGCUGCACGUUAUUAGCCUGCGGUGAUACUCUUGCAUGGUGUUGUAUACUUACCGAGGAGUUCCAAGUCUCGAGCCCGGCUCCGGGCUUGGUCAAUAUCACCUGCUUCGUGGCCGAUGGCCAAGAUUGCGUUCGAACCGACCGUUUCCAUGUCGCUGGGCACGGCUGGACCUGACACAGUCAGGGCGUUGGCAAGAAUUAAAAGCAGCCGUGCUUCUCUUGCCUCGCACAGCCAGGACCGGGGGGGUCCAUAACACAAUGC